GCGGAAAGCCAACGCCCCACACACUCACCGUCUCAGCACACUGUUCCUUUCUUACUGUACUGCAGUACUGACAUACUAAACUCGAAGACGCGCCUUUCACGUUCUCUUCACGCUGUCUUUAGUAGUGUCUUCUUUGUUAGCGUCUGUUGAUACUGACACUAAACCUGCUCAGAAGGAGUUAUUUUACAGGAAUACAUUUGCAGAAUGGCAGAAACUGACGCAAGUACUUGUGCGAACUGUUUGGAGAAACUCAAGAGCUAUCUGCGUACUCGCAAAGGAAUGAUCCUGGCAGUGGAAAUACUCAUCAGUUUCAUCAUCAUUAUCUGUUACGCUGCAUCAAGGUAUGGAGGAUAUUCAGCAAUUGCCAUCUGUGAGAUGGUCUUUGCCAUCAUCUUCUUCGUUAUCUUCAUGAUGGAGCUGGACAAACAGUUCCUGGUUGUGAACUGGCCCUGGAGUGAUCUGUUCCGCGCUGGGAUUGGUGCACUCCUGUAUCUCAUUACAUCUCUGAUCUGUGUGAUUGGUGGAGCUGGGGAUGGGGCUCGAAUCGCUGGUGGGGUGUUCGGUAUACUGGCUGGGAUCUUAUUUGGUUAUGAUGCCUAUACAAUCUUAAUGGGCAUCAAGAGCAACAGACAGCAUACAGCUGCUCCCGCAGAUGACACAGUUUGAAAACUACUUCCCUCACUACAACAUUAACAGCAACCAAAACAUGGAGGAACAUUUUAAAAAUGGCUAAAUGGGAGAAUUCCCAUGAGAAUUUACCAAUUGCGAGAAGUUACCAUGAGACUCAACAAUGAGAGCUGAAGAGCAGAGGUGUGCAAAAGGAUGAAAAUAAUACACAAAUAAUACUGAAGUUUAUGUUAAAAAGGGAUUGAGUGAUCGAGACGUACUGUAAGAUUAGUGAAAAGCAGGUAAAAAAAUGCCACUCUGGCAUAUAUGAAUAAACAGCAAGCCGUUGGCAUCAAACAUUCGCUAUGAUUGUCUUGGUCAGAAGGCUUUUGUCACCACACAUUUGUCACCUUGUUUGUUUACAAAAGCACAACAUAUUCUAAGAUGUGGCAUUAAUUGAUUCUAUGAAAUAACCAUUCAUGAGAACCAAUUUUUUUUUUUUUUACAUUCUUCUCAAUCUCUGUUUUCCCUUUAUUUCCUGGAGAAGGACUUGUUUUGGCCCUGUAAUUUGAAAGGAAUUUGCAAUUAUGUUUGUUGGAAAACUUGAUCUGGUUAAUUCAGUGACGUUCUGUUUUUGUCUAAAUAAAACAUUAUGGUUGUUUAAGUCUGUUAAGGUGUAAAAUUUCAGCCAUAUUUUGUAAAUGUUAUUAAUUUCUAAUAACUAUAGUUUUUUUUGUGUGUGUGUGCCUAAAAUAGUUUUUAAACAGGAUUGGGUUCAGUUCCUCUUCAAUUCAACCAUUUUAUAAAUAUUUAACUCAGGUUCUGAUCAGAAUAUAAGUUGAAAAAUGAUUUUAGGCAAUAAUGGAGUGAAAUUUCAAAUGUAAAAAGGGAUUUUCUGAUCGUUUAAAUUGAAAAGAAACUGAUCUCAACCCUGAUAGCAAGUUCACACAUCUAUCUGUUUGUACAAUAAGUUCAUUUUCAUUAAUCUUGCUUGCGUAUUGCCAUAUAACCUGUUACCUCAAAGGUUGCUCACUAUCUUGAUGUCAAAAAUGUUCUUUUUUUUAUUAUUAUUAUUAUAAUAAACUGAGUCAUAUAUUGGA